CGAUUCAAUGACAUACACUGUGUUGUCAAUGUUGUUUAAUGUAAUCUUUCAUAAUUAUUUUUUGUGUAUUAGUGACAUGAAGUUUGUCCAAGUGGCCUUGCCGUACAGAGUCUCCUCCAACUGUCACUUAGCACGCUUAUUAUUGAAAUCAAUAUAAAUAUUUUCUCCCUCAAUUUGUACCCAAAGCGCAGAAACCUCGACACAGCGCGUCCAUCACGACUUUACUGGACUAAAACAUCAUUCGUGGACUCUUCGUGUCCGGUUGCACUCGUCUCGGUGCACGUCGAAGCUUCCCGGGCCUAGCUUAGUUUCGAUUAGCUUAGCUUGGAUUAGCUUAGCUUGCUAACAAAAGAGACGCGUUUGUGGUCAACACGUAAAGUGUUGUGAUUGUCGUGUGACAAUGUGUGCAAGAAGGACCGCAGAGUACGAGGAGGAACUUCGGGGACCGAAGGAGCGACGAAGUGAACAUCUGGACGCCGUUUCCAAGAAGCACCGAGUUGGGUUAGGCGUAGCAGACGACAGUGAAGAUCUUCAUCCUGAGCGGCAGAAGCCAGAGCUCUCUCACAUUAAAAAGGAAGAUGAGGAUGAAGAGGUUCAUCACAUCAAAGAGAAAGAGGAGCUCCAGUCCCCUUACAUUAAAAAAGAGGAGGAAGAGCAUGUCAACAUCAUAGAGGAGGAGGGGGCUAUCACCAAGUUGCCAUCGACUGGUGUCCCUUUGCCUCCUCACAUUAAAGAGGAGGAGCAGCUGCAGACCCCCCACAUAAAAGAGGAAGAGAUAGUACCCCCGCACAUAAAAGGGGAGGAUAAUAUUACCAAGUUUAUUUUAUGCCAUCUGAUGUUGUUGCCAAAGUUGCCAUCGAUUGGUGACUGUUUGAAGAGUGAAGAUGAAGUUCCAAGUGAGGCGAACAGAGGGGCGGACCCUCCAAGCAGCAGCUCAAGUAAAACCUGCUCAGUUUGUGGUCAAAAAUUCUCUCGAAAUGAACAUUUGACAAGACACACAAGAACACACACUGGGGAGAAACCUUUUGCCUGCUCAAUUUGUGGCCAAAUAUUCUCUCGAAAGGGAACCUUAAAAUGUCACACAAGAACACACACUGGAGAGAAACCCUUUACCUGCUCAAUUUGUGGCCAAAGAUUCUCUCAUAAGGGAACCUUAAAAAGUCACAGAGGAACGCACACUGGUGAGAAACCUUUUGUCUGCUCACUUUGUGGCCAAAGAUUCUCUCAUAAGAGAAUCUUAAAAUGUCACAGAACAACACACAUUGGAGAGAAACCUUUCGCCUGCUUAAUUUGUGGUCAAAGAUUCUCCCAGAAGCUACAUGUUAAGACACACAUGUGUGUUGGUGAGAACAGCAGUAAUCAAUGAAGGUUUCGCCUUUCAUCCGAGCAGGCUUCAUCAAUUCAUGGACCAAGGCUAGAUAGGACAGCUCUCCCAGAACAGAGAACCAGAACAGUCCAGUUAUGACCGAUUCAAUGCCCUGAGAAUGAAAUGACUUGGACGAAUAAAAAUAUUCACAGGCAUGAUGCGCAAUGUUGAAACUACAGUAAUAACUUUCAGUCUGUACAAUCUUGUAUUUUAUGUACCUUUUUAAAGGCCUCCUGUGGACAAGUGUUAUAAUAUUGUAAUAAUAAAUACAGUCCGGCGCUACAUCCGUAAA